ACAGUCGCUCCCUUUCCCUAGGCAGGCGCAGCACACGUGUGGCGGACGGCAGGCAGGGCGAAGUGUGGAAGAAGGCAGGAGGAAGAAGGCAGGAGGCAGGAGGCAGGAGCGCUGCAGCAGAAUAAGCCGAGGAGGACAACACUGGCAGGUCAAAGAUCCUUUUAGGAUGUUGAGCUUCCUCCCCAAUUCCGCCGUGACGGGUGUGCCGUGCUGCUGAACACUAGAGGACUGAGACAGAAAACCGCAAGAUCCAAACGCCCUCUUUACCGCAGCCCUCUUGGGGUUGCUAUGGCAGGUGCUGUCGCUGAAACCAAACGCUGGACACAGGCCUGUCCCACCAAGGCAGGACAGACCACACGUCAUUGCCGCAAGGGACCGUCAAGCAGUGGACAAACUGCACUUAGUGUCAUCGCGAGAAAACUAAAAGAGCCCUAAGGCGCAGAGCUGAAGCCGAUGUAGAAUCCUCAUGAGUGUUGCUUGUGUCGCCUCCUACUCAGCUCCAUUGUCUUGCACCAGCACUACCCCCGUGGGACCAUGUUCCACCAGCAGGACCAGCUGAAGGGUCCGCUGCAGGAUAGCGUCGUCUUCCACUGCCAGGAGUGCGGGAAGCAGUACAACACCCAGCUGGGUUACAGGCGGCACCUGGUGGAAGCUCACGCCAACGCCGGAACCGGCCCGGCCUGCUCGGACGGCGCGCCGUCCCUGCUGGAGCACCUGGGCGGCGGCCACACUGACAGACCGCCCACAGCUGAGGGCAACAACAACACCGUCGUGUCUGUGAGAGAGAGGAAAUAUUCCUGCGAGCGAUGCGACCGGCGCUUUUACACCCGCAAGGACGUACGUCGCCACGCUGUGGUGCACACGGGACGCCGCGACUUCCUGUGUCCCCGCUGUGCGCAGCGCUUUGGCCGCAGAGACCACUUGACCCGUCACUUGAAGAAGAGCCACGCGCAUGACACGGGAUUGAUACCGCUGGUUACGCCCAGCACUCCUGUGGCGACGUCCACCGCAAGCACGCCGUGUCCCGCAAAGGAGGCCAGCCCUCUAUCCUCUGACAGGGGCUCGUCCUCCUCCAAGGAACCGGUGGAGACCUUCACCCGGGAUAUGUUCAACUCCUACCCCAUUGCUAACCCUGUCCCCGGGAUGAGUCACCCGCACGGCCUCAUGCAGGUCUCGCUGUCCUCCAGCAUGGGUCGCCACAUGCCUCCUCCGUCGACUCACAACCACCACCACCACCUGCAGCCCCUGGCGGCGCCGCAGCAGCAGUCGUACGGCAACAUGUCUCGGUACCAACAAGGAUCUACCUCGUAUCCCCGCACGGACGUGGACAGUUUCCUGCUGGAUCUGCAGAGCGCCCCUCCUCCCCAUCUCAACUCUUCUACCUCUACGUCCACCUCCCCUCAGAGGGAGAUGCUCGGCGAAGGGAUGGGCGUUGGCGGUGACCCCCACCUGCUCCCCAGGAAUCCCGCCAUCUCCCCGGCUGAGCUCUCCUGCACCACUAACAUGGAACUGGGCCCACUGUUGGGCUUUCUGCCUUUCAGCCUGCCGCCUUACAGCCCUCAUGUGGGGAUGGGAGGGUUAAUGAUGGGUUAUCCUCCUGCCACCACCACCACCGCCUCCUCCCCAACUUCCUCCACUGGGUUGUCCUCCCAGUCUUCAGGGCCUUUUACCUUCUUCCAGCCUCCUCAGGCUCACGUGCCCCAGGGCCCUGUGGCCCACAACCACAGCCAGCUACCUCAGGCAUACAGCACUUCUGCUGUUAGCACUUCUAGCUCCUUACCUCAUUACUACCAGGCCUUUCAGCAAUAAGCAGUUCUGUUGACCGCGAUUAGCCUUCUUCACACCUUUUUUUUGUUGUUGUCGUUGUUGUUGAAUGGCAUCUUUAUGACGUAUACAUCAAGUAUGUAACUUGGAACACAACAAAUCACCUCAUCAGUAUUACCUCGUUAUUUAAAAAAAGAAAGAAAGAAAAUAGCUUGAAUGCACAACUUUGUCUCACUACAACCAUUUUUUAAAAUGUAUAAUUAACGGUUCAUGCACUUGACACAGUUAUCACAUGUGAUGGUUUGAUAACCGGAAGAAUACUUGUACCAUUAGUUACUGGGUAAAAGAACUCCAGACCAAGCACUGAGUUCCAAGGAGCCACGCUAACAUGGUGAUACACUUAUCACUAAUUACCAAUGCACUUAAGUAACAUUUUUUAGCAUGACAUACCUUUUUUUAGCGACUUAAAGGCGAGCCAGUCUUGUAAACCAGUGGUCCCCAACCUUUUAUGCAACACGGACCGGUUUAAUGUCGGCAUUAUUUUCACGGACCGGCUUUACAGAUAAAUACAGCAAGAAUAACGGGCAUGAAAAAUACAACUUGUGUAUUUUUCGGAGUAUAAGUCGCACCCGCCGAAAAUGCAUAAUAAAGAAGGAAAAAAACAUAUAUAAGUCGCACUGGAGUAUAAGUCGAAUUUUUGGGGGGAAUGUAUUUGCUAAAAGCCAACAGCAAGAAUAGACAUUUGAAAGGCAAUUUAAAAUGUCUAAAGAAUAGUGAACAACAGGCUGAAUAAGUGUACGUUAUAUGAGGCAUAAAUAACCAACUGGUAUGUUAACGUAACAUAUUAUGGUAAGAGUCAUUCAAAUAACUAUAACAUAUAGAACAUGCUAUACGUUUACUGUCACUCCUAAUCGCUAAAUCCCAUGAAAUCUUAUACGUCUAGUCUCUUACGUCAAUGACAUCAAUAAUAUUAUUUGAUAUUUUACGCUAAUGUGUUCAUCAUUUCACACAUAAGUCGCUCCUGAGUAUAAGUCGCACCCCCGGCCAAACUAUGAAAAAAACUGCGACUUAUAGUCCGAAAAAUACGGUACUUAAAUAUCUGCUUAACUUAUAAUUUCAAAGCAAGUUUUGCGUCAAAUUGUACACUGUAACAAUGACCAAUAGAUUUUACUGUAAAAUUUAGGGAUUUUUACAACAUAUUACUGUAAGUUGAAAAAAAAUGACCAAUGUUUUACUGUUUUUACAGUAAAAUUCUGUCAACUGAGCUGUGAGUUUUCUUGUUGUUUUUUUUUACUGUAAAAUCCACGGUUGAUGACUUUAUGGUACCACAUUUUAUUAUGGUAAAAAACUGGCAGCUGAGUUGCCAAAAUAAAAUGAAACAGCGCUACUGUAUUUCUAUUUACAGUAAUAUCAAUCAAUCAAUCAAUGUUUAUUUAUAUAGCCCUAAAUCACAAGUGUCUCAAAGGGCUGCACAAGCCACAACGACAU